AGAUGACGUGUCUCACACGGGAAGCAUGAGAGGCAUCGGCAGUUUGCCACUCGAACACGCGUUGUUCAGUCCAUGGACACAUACAUCCAACGAUUUCCCUUUCCCGCCGAGUAAGACAACCAUUCCACUCCCACACUAAAAUUCUGUUAUUUCCUUCCUUCAUAUUCACCUUCUCCAUCCCAAUAACCAACCCAUGAUAUCACUCUCACUCUCUCCAUGCCCUUGAAAAGCAUUAUCCGGCGGAGGCUUCUGUCUCUGCUCCAGCCAUGGCUCCGAGAAGAGCCUCAUCUCGAUCUCCACUUAGGGUUCCUCCGCUCUCUCGCCGUUCUCACCAACCUCCGCUUCGACGUUUCCGUUCUCAAUCACCUCUUCCACGCUCCCGCCUUCUUGUUCUUCAAGGACCUCACUAUCGAACGCGUCACGCUUCGAUUCUCCACCUGGUUCCCCCCGGCCUUCACAAUCGAACUUCACGGCCUGCGCAUCGUGCAAUCGUUCGAGAAACCGGAAGCGGAGGAAUGCGUGAGGAGGUUGCGAAAUUCGAAGUAUGAUUAUUCGGAUUAUCUCAGAAAGAAUCUCUCGGCGCUUGAUCCUGAGGGCUGUUCACUGCAUCAGAUUUUGGAAAGGAUCUUAUUUUCUGUACCUGAGAAAAAAGAUUUUACAACAUCUUUUUGGAAUUUUACUCUGAAAAAUUGUCAUCUAGUGGCACAUGGCAUUCACGUUGAGGUUCAAUUGCCAGUCUUAAAUGAUGAAUUUGUGUGUUUUGGGGAAAUAAAGGAGUUUAGUGCAAGAUCUAAAUAUCUGGAUCAAAAAUGUCUUCUCAGAGGUUUUCUUAGUACAAUUCUUAUUCCAAUGAAACACAGUUCUCUUAUAUUGAAAGGCAUUGGAUUCAAGGUCAGAAUAUGUGGAAAAAAUUCCAUAGACCAUGUUGUGCUUUCUUCUGAUGUGCAAAUUUUCACCAAGUUCAGAGAUCUUAAGCUGGCAAAUUGCACUCUCUGUUUUCCAGAACUAGCGUUUUCAUUCUCUCCAAAUGGCAUUUCUGUAUGUCUACUUUUUCACAAAUUGCUAUCUAAUAAGUACAAUCAAUCUAGAAGUGCUAGAGAAUUAUGGAGAAUAGCAGCAAGCAGAAUUGGCCAUGUGGCUGUAACUUCUAGGUUGUCAUUGCAGGGAUUAGUUGGGGUUAUAGGUCAAUGGAUACACUAUGUCAAUGCUUAUGAGAGUAUUUUGCUAUUAAUUGGAUAUUCUACUGGCAAUUCAUGGAAAAAGUCGAUUUCUAAAGUGUCUCGUAACAAACUGAUUUUAAGUUCUGCUAGAUGCCAUUGGGAGUUGAUCUCUGACAUUGAGAAAAAGUUGUCUGUUGAAGCCAUAUCACUUGCAAGGAGAAUAGCUCGUCAUAGAGCAGCAUUGAAAAUUUCAAUUAAUUGUCAUGAGGAAUCUAUCACGACAAAAAAUAUUAUUCGUCCUUUUCUUUUUAUACUGGCAUUUAUGUGGAAAGUGGUCUCUACAAUUAUCCAUUGCCUAGCAAAUAUCUUUUCUCAGAAAAAAAUAGUGCAAGAUCCAGAUAUUGAUGGAUGUUGUUUGGAAAGUCUUAUUGAAGACCCUUGUCAAAGUAGUUGUUUUAUGCUGAACUUUGGGAAAAUCAUAAUGACAGUUUCCCAAACCAAUGAAAUUCAUCCAUUCAUAUAUCAAAAGUUACAAUCACUUUCUGGGAUUGUAUGCUCAGAUUUCCUUUCGAUAUGUUUUUGUAUUGAUGCUUUGUUAUUAGUAUCUGUUGAAGAUAUUUUUGAACAGAGAGUCUUUCUAUCAUGUGGGCAAAUGAAGGUUGAAUCUGCACCUUUGACUAUGUCAGCAGAAGAAUGCACAGAAAAUUCACUUAGUUCAGCUAAAGGAAAUGGGAAGGAAAGUAUUAAUAAUAUGGAAUCAAUUAUGUGGGUUGAACCUGCUCAAAUAUUUCUCCUUUCAGAAAUUGAUGCAGGCCAGGCUGAAUAUUCUCAUGAUUCUCAUAUUGAAAGCUUUAUGGAAAAGUUGUCUGUGAGUUGGAAAGGAAUUUGCAGAAAGUUGAAUGAAGAUGAGAUCGAGUAUUCUGAAUAUCCAUGCCUUGUCUCUAAGGUUGAGAUAUCUUCCACGUACCCAGACCAUAAGAAUCCAUAUUUUGGGUUUUGUGAAUGUGGUUUAAUGCUAGGGAAAUUAAAUUUAGUUUUGACUCAUUCUUCAGUAUCAUCGCUGUGUCUAAUUCUUAGUCAGAUCCAACAUGCUAUUUUCUGGGAGGACAGGAAGGAAGCGUCCAUUGCUUCAAAUUUUGUGGACAAAGCAGAAAUUUCAUGGGUUAAUAAAUAUGACUGUUAUUCCAAAGAAAUGAUUAUGACCUUGCUUCAAAAGCUUCCAGAGAAACACAUUCAUUUUGGAGUAUUUGUUGAUGGUCCUUCUGUUAGAUUUUCACAUAGAAGGGAGGCCAAUCGUGGUGGUGAAAACACUGAUGACAUUAUCAAUCAGGAUAAUUUUGACCUCACUUUUGAUUUCAAUGAGAUUGAAGUGGUUGUUGGUUCACCUUCUUCAUUUGUUAUGGCACAAUUGACAGGUCAAUUGGGUCAUGACAAUGCCAAAGCAGAAUGUGUUAAGUUGGAGUCUCGGGAAAUUGAAAUUCUAAAACCAAAUAAUGAUAAAUAUGUAUCCUCAGGAAAAGUUUCAAUUGGUUCCUACCUUCAUCUAAAGGGAGCAAAUGCUUAUUUAGAGAAGUCUGAAGAAAACCAUCAGAUUAAACUUUUUAUAUUGAAGCCAGUUUCUGUCAAGAUAUUGUCCUUUAGGGAUUACAUUUAUUCCCUGAGCACAACAAUGUCUGCCUUUUCAGCUGCUGCUGACAUAACUACCGAAGGAUUCACUGUUUUGUCAUUUUUGGAUGAAGUGUAUAUGAUCUAUAAGGCAGUUGCAAGUUUGUCUUCUGGGGCAUCUUAUGUGUUUAGUAGCUUUGGUGAUUCUGAUUUCAUACAUCCUGAAAUUGUGAAACAAGAAGCAUUAUUUGCAGCACCUGAUGGCGGUGAAUUAACUGCACAGGGGACUUUACUGACAAAUAAUGUCUGCCCUUUUUUUAUUGAUGUGACCUGCAGAUUAAAGCCUAUGGAGAUUGUUCUUCAUAAUUCUAGGACAAGUGAUAAUUUGGAGAGUUAUACCACAAAGUUCCACUCUUUAACUGGCAACAAAAUGGCUGUGCAUAAGUUGCCGGGCUGUGGAAUUUGGAUUUCUGUUCAGCAGACAACUAUUGUAAUAUCUUGUGAAGAAGGGAAAAUGGAUCUCCUGACUGAUUUAUCAGGAAUUCUGUCUUUUGUUUUUGAAUACCAGAACGGAAUUGAAAAAAAUGCUGAUCAUAUUGUACUUGAAAAUUUACUAUUGCGGUCUAUUAGCUGUUUACAUGAAAUAUCUCUUUCUGGUUGCUCGUUUACUUUAUGCACGGGCCUUGUACAAAAUACCUCAUCUUCAGGAGAUGAAAGCAAAAUAUUUGGUAGUUUUAAUACUAAUGGCAAUACAUCUUACUUGGUACGAGAAACUAAUUUGACAGUCUUUGAAAGGUUAAGUAAUCAAUCUUCCCAACCAGUUAUAAAAUUGCGCUCUCCUACAAAAGUCAGUGUGCCAACUUCAGCAAAUUACUGGUUAAUGAUAGAUGUUGCAGUAACUAAUAUCUUCAUAGGGAGAUGCUCACUGAAGAGUGAUCUGAUUCAAGCACAUAAAUUGAAUAAGCUUCAGUCUUCUCUUUCAAUUUGUGGAGAGUUUCGUAUGAUAUCCUGGGAGAUCCAGGGUGGGUUCAUUUUUCUUGAAACAACAUCUUUGGCAAUGGCCAUUGAUAACUAUUCUUCAUAUCUUCAUUAUAUUGGCAAUCUCACUUCUGACGCACAGCACGGAUAUAAAGGUGUCAAGAAUGAAGAGAAUGGCAGAGAGAACUAUGCUUUAGAUGAUGUGAUUGAUCAAGGGACAGUUAGCACAUCUCAACAAGCUGCAAGUAGAUUACCAGAUUCAUGUCUCUUAUCUUUGUCUCACUUUACUGUUGUUUUAGCUCUUGAAAACAAAUCUGGUGGUAUCCAAGAAAUUGUAGUAGAGGUUGACAUCCAUCUGAAUUUUAAAUUGGUGACUACGGGGAGGAAAUUAACAAUUGAUCUUUCUUGUUUAUCAAUCCUAUCUCAAAUUAUUCAAGGGAGAGCAGAAGAUCAAACAGAAAUUCCUCAUUUUUCUUCUGUCAUGUCAAAAGAUUUGUCAUCUCAGCCUGCUUCAGAGGAUCCUCUCUCAGGAUUUCAGAACUUUGGUGAACUGAACUCAAUUAGUGAUGCAAGUAGUUCAAAAAACAGUUUUCCUGAUCAGUUAAUUCAUCAGAACCAAAUAUUGAAAAAUUUAAAAGCUUUCAUUUCACUGGAGAGGCCAGAUAAUGGUACUAUGCAUUUGUCCCGAUGUUGGUUUGGCUUUGGUUCUCUUUCAGGUUUUGAUAUGACACUUUCUGUUUCUGAAAUUCAGACAAUUUUGUCAAUGUCCUCCUCAGUAUCAGGGAUAUCCAAUCAGAAUACAAUAAAAAAAUUGGAGAGAAAUCACUGGUCUACUAGCCAUGAAGUUGACAAUAGUUUGGAAGCAAUGAUUCCUGACGGGGCAAUUGUUGCUAUUCAAGAUGUCAACCAACACAUGUAUUUUACAGUUGAAGGUGAAGAAAAGACUUUCAGUGUAGGUGGUGUCGUUCAUUAUUCUCUUGUAGGAGAAAGGGCUCUUUUCAGGGUCAAACACUGUCCCCAAAGGAGGUGGAAGUCUACAGUUUUGUGGUUUUCCUUUAUAUCAUUGUUUGCUAAGAAUGAUAUGGGUGUGCCAUUGAGAUUAAAUUUUCGACCAGGAUCAUGUUUUGUUGACAUCUCUUGUACAAAUGAUGAAGGAUGUGCACUUUGGAGAGUCUAUCCUCCUCAAGGUGAAAACUAUGCAGGAGUCCCUGACAUAGAGGCUAGCAAUGAAUCAAUAAAGAGAACUUUCUACCUUGUGAACAAAAAGAAUGACUCUGCUAUUGCUUUUGUCGAUGGUGCUCUAGAGUUUGUCAGGAAACCUGGAAGUCCAAUCAAGUUUAAAAUUUUUAAUGAUAUUACUGCUGCUUAUGAUGUUCCAGAGACAGCUAGCUAUCCUAGGACAGCUCCACAAACUACUCUGCACACAGAAGAAGAAAGUACUUCAUGGCAGGCUGGAAAACAUCCUUGUAUUGAUAUUAAAAUUGAAAAAAUUUCUCUGAAUAUUGUUCAUAAACUUUCAGAUACAGAAUAUCUCUUCCCUCUCAUUUGCUUGUUCAUCAACCAUACACAACUUAUUAUACAAUGUUUAGAAACAAAAUCCAGGGUCAUUUGCACAUCAAGUGCAGUAGUACAUUAUUUUGAUGCUGAAAGGAACUUAUGGGGAGAACUUCUCCAUCCUGUUGAAAUUUGCAUCUUUUACCGAUCUAAUAUUCAAGCCCAGCUUUCAGAAUAUAGAUCUCAUGCUGUGCCUGUUAAUUUCUUCUGCAGAAUGAAAGAGCUGGACAUUUACUUGAAUGAGAAUUCGUUGGAUGUGCUUCUCUUUGUGACUGGGAAAUUGAACCUAUCUGGUCCUUAUUCACUGCGAAGCUCCAUCAUUCAGGCUAACUGCUGCAAGGUGGAAAAUCAGUCAGGCUUAAAUCUCCUUGUUCACUUUGAUCAGCAAAGUGUAACAAUACCGAGAAAACAGUCUGCUUCCAUAAUAUUAAGGAGGAACUCUGAUUUCAAAAAUCAAGAUUCAGAAGCAACUUCUAUUUCUAUCCAACUUACUGAUUUCGGUUCUUUUGCAACUUCUUCUAAUCAUCUUUUACUUUCACAAACACAGACUCUUGCCUGGAGAUCCCGAAUUAUGUCUGCAGAAGGUUCAAGAACUUUCCCUGGGCCAGUUUUUGUGGUAAACAUUUCCAGAAGUUCAGAGGUCGGUCUGUCAGUUGAGGUUUCUCCUUUGAUUAGAAUACAUAAUGGAACUGGAUUUUCAAUGGAACUUCAAUUCCAGCGGCUUGAGCCAAAGGAAGAUGAGUGUGCAUCUCUGUUGUUAAGACCAGGGGAUUCUAUUGAUGAUUCUAUGGCCAUGUUUGAUGCCAUAAACUUCUCUGGGGGAGUAAAGAGGGCUUUGAUUUCUUUAAGUGUUGGUAUACAGUUUGAUCUACAUUUACUUUUAUUCACUGCUAUUCCUUUUCAUUUCACGCAACUUUACUUCUAUUGCUAUUCUCUACUAUUCACGCUUAAAAGUUAUAGUGAUAUUUUUCAAAUAUUAUUCUACCCAUUUACCAUUCUAAUGCAUCAUUUUACUGUGUGAAACAUGAAUAUGAUGAUAGUGUGUA